AUGACAGUGUUCCUUUCCUUUGCUUUUCUCGCUGCCAUUCUGACUCACAUAGGGUGCAGCAACCAGCGCCGAGGUCCAGAAAACGGUGGGAGAAGAUAUAACCGGAUUCAAUAUGGGCAGUGUGCCUACACUUUCAUUCUUCCAGAACACGACGGGAACUGUCGUGAGAGUACGACAGACCAGUACAACACAAACGCUCUGCAGAGAGAUGCUCCACACGUGGAACCGGAUUUCUCUUCCCAGAAACUUCAACAUCUGGAGCAUGUGAUGGAAAAUUAUACUCAGUGGCUGCAAAAACUUGAGAAUUACAUUGUGGAAAAUAUGAAGUCGGACAUGGCCCAGAUACAGCAGACUGCAGUUCAGAACCACACGGCCACCAUGCUCGAGAUAGGAACCAGCCUCCUGUCUCAGACUGCAGAGCAGACCAGAAAGCUGACAGAUGUUGAGACCCAGGUACUUAAUCAAACUUCUCGACUUGAAAUACAACUGCUGGAGAAUUCAUUAUCAACCUACAAGCUAGAAAAGCAACUUCUUCAACAGACAAAUGAAAUUCUAAAGAUUCAUGAGAAAAACAGUUUAUUAGAACAUAAAAUCUUAGAGAUGGAGGGAAAGCACAGGGAAGAGUUGGACACCUUAAAGGAAGAGAAAGAAAACCUUCAAGGCUUGGUUACUCGUCAAACAUAUAUAAUCCAGGAGCUGGAGAAACAAUUAAACAGAGCCACCACCAACAACAGUGUCCUUCAAAAACAGCAGCUGGAACUGAUGGACACAGUCCACAACCUUGUCAACCUUUGUACUAAAGAAGGUGUUUUACUAAAGGGAGGAAAAAGAGAGGAAGAGAAACCAUUUAGAGACUGUGCAGAUGUAUAUCAAGCUGGUUUUAAUAAAAGUGGAAUCUACACUAUUUAUAUUAAUAAUAUGCCAGAACCCAAAAAGGUAUUUUGCAAUAUGGAUAUUAAUGGGGGAGGUUGGACUGUAAUACAACAUCGUGAAGAUGGAAGUCUGGAUUUCCAAAGAGGCUGGAAAGAAUAUAAAAUGGGUUUUGGAAAUCCCUCUGGUGAAUAUUGGCUGGGGAAUGAGUUUAUUUUUGCCAUAACCAGUCAGAGGCAGUACAUGCUAAGAAUCGAGUUGAUGGACUGGGAAGGAAACCGAGCCUAUUCACAAUACGACAGAUUCCACAUAGGAAACGAAAAGCAAAACUACAGGUUGUAUUUAAAGGGUCACACUGGGACAGCAGGAAAACAGAGCAGCCUGAUCUUACAUGGUGCUGAUUUCAGCACUAAAGAUGCUGAUAAUGACAACUGUAUGUGCAAAUGUGCCCUCAUGCUAACAGGAGGUUGGUGGUUUGAUGCUUGUGGCCCCUCCAAUCUAAAUGGAAUGUUCUAUACUGCGGGACAAAACCAUGGAAAGCUGAAUGGGAUAAAGUGGCACUAUUUCAAAGGGCCCAGUUACUCCUUACAUUCCACAACCAUGAUGAUUCGACCUUUGGACUUUUGA